AUGCAGGCCGGCCGCUAUGCGGCUAUGUUACUACCGGUACGUUUGACAGGAUUUGUUAUAGGAGACACCCCCUGCGGAGCCUCCAACUAUCUAAAGGUGAAGAGUACAAAGGAGGGAUUGGGUGCGUUGCACCCAUUCCCACGUGCAGCUUUUUCUCCAACCGUUGGUCCAGUGCACGGGCCCCGGUCCGAUCGCUCGCCACAGUGGCUCAGCGACUCCCCAGGCGCCACGCCACAGCAGUUGCAGGAUAUUGACGAAGUUUUAAAAGGCGGGACAAUGUGUCUGGUGGCACGGCGCCUUGGGAGUCGCGCAGCCACGUGUGGCGCUGGGGUCGGCCAUGUCACGAUCAGGAAGA